CCUAGCCAUAUUUCGACAGCGAGAUAUCCAGCCACGACGUCAGAUGAAGAAGAGACAACAAGAACUGCUCAUUGUGUGGGUGCACAUAAAAAGACCGGUCGUGGGACAGACGAGGAACGAAUUGAGAUUCUUGGAAAUGUUCCAAAUGUUCUGGAGAAGCCGAUUAAUGUCAUAGGAGAGCGAUCGUUUCAGGAGGUGGAGGUUGUUUCAACGGAAGAACAAGAAGAAGCAAUUGUCUUGAAGAAGCAGGAAGGCGUUCUUGACAAUCUCGAAGAUCAUAUCAAUCUCGAAGAUGCUGGCGCUGUUGUAGCGGUCGG